AAAAGAUAUAUAAGCAAGUAGGGGCGAAAACGAAAGCUGUCUACCUGGUGGGCCUUGCGAGCGUCCUAAAUCCUAUAGAAUUAAGGAACGCGUAGAGGCUAAGGAAGCCAUUGCGAAGUUUUGUGUCUCUCUAUCUCUCUCUACUUGCAGGCUUGCAGCAGGGUAGAGACUAGAGAUUAAAGAAGAUGGGAUUGCUCUCGAACAAAAUCGAGAGGGACAAACUGAAACCUGGAGAUCACAUCUAUUCUUGGAGACACGCCUAUAUUUAUGCCCACCACGGGAUAUAUGUCGGCGAGGGAAAUGUUAUCCACUUCACUCGGGGUCCAGGCCAGGAAAUUGGAACAGGAACUGUGCUAGACCGCAUCAUUUUUAGCUCAUCUCCUUCUCAUGUCCUGGACAACCCUUGCCCAAUAUGCGGUGAUCAAUCAAAGCUUGAUGGAGUCAUCUCUUCUUGUAUAGAUUGUUUUCUUUCUGGUGGAAAUCUCUAUCUUUUUGAGUAUGGUGCCACACCAGCAUUGUUUCUUGCCAAACCCCGUGGAGGUACCUGCACUCUUGCUUUGUCUGACCCACCACCAGAUGUUAUUUGCCGUGCUUCUUAUCUUCUCCAGAAUGGCUUUGGUGUCUAUGAUAUUUUCAAAAACAAUUGUGAAGACUUUGCUAUAUACUGCAAAACCGGUUUGCUUGUGUUCACUAACAUCAGCGUGGGUCGAAGUGGACAGGCGGCAUCCUAUCUAGCUGCUGCUACUGCGGUCCUUUCUUCACCACUACGAUUUCUCACAACCAGUUUUAGUGGCCUGGCAGCUGUAGGUUAUGGCAUGUACUGUGUCAGCCGCUUAGUUUCUGAUAUUGGAGUACGCCGUGAUGUCAAAAAGGUUGCUGUGGAAAGACUUGUUGCCCACUCUGGCUCUAGCUUAGAUGAGCCAGAGGCUGCAACUGAGACGGCCAAGGAGUAAUCUUUUGGCAUAAGCAGGAAGUAUCUAGUUUGCGAGGAUGCUGUAACAAUUUGAUUGAAAUAACCUAUCAAAA